AUGCACCAGAGCCUGCGGGGCGAAUUUCCAACCGCUCUCCCCGAGUGCUCUGAAGCCUUUCCUUCCGCUCGGUCGCCUGCCUGGUCCCCCACCACCUCUCCUUCUGUCGGAGUGAGCCAUGUGGCUGCAAGGACACCCACGAGCUCGCCUUCCCCAGGCCUUGCAGUCGCCGGAUCGACGACUGAAAGCUGGUCCAGUCGCUCCAGCUUCCACGCCAUGAAACGCGCAGCUCUGGUGUAUGUACAGCGCCUCGCUGCGACUUCCGCUAAAGUCGACGUCGGCGUCGUGUGCUUUGGAAGCUGCAGAACGAACAAUCCGCUCGCGAUUCCGGGCGGCCAGCCUGGAGACGAGGGAGACGAAGAGGACGACGGCUACAGACACGUCGACGUCGCAGUGCAGCCUGAAAGCGCCUCGUGGAAGCUUGUGAAGGCGGUUGAAGAAAUCGAGAACUCUGACCAUCGAAGCGACGCCAUCGACGCAGUGGUUGUCGCUGUCGAUACGGUCGAGAAAACAUAUGGCCCUAAGCUGGCGCAGAAUGACGUUUCCUUCCUCAUGUUCUCCGACUGCCAGUCACGCCCAGCAGCCCCCGAGGACAUUCCUGCCGUGCAGGAGCGUCUCCAGAGUCUCGGAAUUCGGAUGCAUGUCAUUGUUGUAGAUGGUUCGUUGCCAGAGUAUCCCCCCAUCUUGAGUCCUCCAUCCACCGCGAGUCUGGACCGCCUUCCCUCUCCUGUUCACCCGACUCUGCCCUCGCUAGCGCGCCUCGCUUCCACGCUCAUUCCUCUGCGGAGUUUCCUUGCCUCUCCCUUUCUCCGAGCCUUCUUCUCUCCGCCGAAACGGCUGUCGACUAAGUGUCGCGUGAAUCUCGAGAUCUCCAAGGCCUUUGUGAUUCCAGUCUACGUUUUCGUUCGGACGCGGAAAGAGAGCCUCCCCACGUUUCGCAAGAGAGUGUUUGUGGGGUCUUCGUGCUCUCAGUCCGCGACGCGAAGAAGAACUGAAUCCUCGCUUCCACGCGGAGAUGCGGCAGUCGCUUCUGAUGAGGUCUUGCGAAGGGGGGAGAAGCUGACGGAAAACGAAGAGGACGGAUGGAGAGACGUGAAAGUCGACAGAUUCUACUACCGCGCCAACGACCCCGACAGGACGCCCGUGAAGUACGGAGAACAGGACAAGAAGCGGCCAGAUGGGAUCAGCAUCUUGGGGAGGGACGAAUCUGAGGACGAAGGAACUCCGAAGCGAGACGCCGCUGGGGGUUACGUACACCGCCUGUAUGCGUACCGAUACGGCAAACAGCUCGUCGCCGUCUCCGCGGUCGAGCAACAGGCCUUCAAGGAACAAACGGAGGCGGGUUUGGUCGUGCUGGGUGUGACGAGGCGCGAUGGAAUUCAGAGAUGGUGGAAUCUCGGCCCUGCCGAGUACGUCACGUGCGCACUCAACAACCGGCCGUCGCUGGUGGCUCUGCGGUCACUGGUCCUCGCCCUAGAGCGACUGGACUCUGUCCUGCUCUGCUCUUUCGUGUGGCGCGCGGGAUACCCCGCGAAGCUGGUGGCGCUUUUGCCUCAUGUGGGAGGGCGCGAAGCCGGCCGACGACCGCUGUCUGACUCGUGGCAGGCGAGCGAGGCCAUCAAGAGAGAAAAGGAAGAGUUGGACGACGACACCAGAGAGGACGACUGGACGUACGGCCUGCAUUUGAUUUAUCUGCCUGUAGCCGAAGAUAUGCUCGAGCUGCGGCUUCCGUCUCUCCCCUCUGUGACGCCGAGCCAGCUUCAAGCUGUCGAGACACUCAUCGAUAGUCUGACGCUUCCCGACGGCCCACCGCUGCCUCUGAAGACGGGCGAAAUGGACACGCCUUUGCAGGAAGAAGCUGCGGAAAGCGACGGGGAGGGAAAAAAGCGGAUUGAAGACUGGAAGGAAGUCCGCGCCAGGCGUAGAGCUCUCCAGGCUUCCGCCUCAUCCCCUGCGGGAUGGCAGACAAAUACGACAAUGGAAAUUGCGGCUGAUCCAGCAAGUCUGUCCAUCUCCAGCUUCGCGUCGGAGAAGGAAUGGCUCGAUCUGCGCAAAAUCCAUAAUCCCACUCUCCAGCGGUACUACCAGCUUCUGGUGUACAGACACUACAAUCCCGCUUCACCUCCGGUGGCUCUUCGAGAAGAGGGAAACGCACAACACGAGCUACCGCCAAAUCCGGUGGAAACUGCUGAGGUCAACAGACGUGUCCUGAACAGUUUCUGGUAUCGCUCGUCACCCGUAGAAUCUCUUUUCACGCAAAAUCCACCGUCUUCGCGCGAAGCAGACUUAGACAGGCCUGACGAAACCUUGGAUGAGAGAAAUGCUGGCCCAGACGAGGCGCAAGUAGAUGCCGAUCUCAAAGCAGCCUUUCCACAAGCAACGGCUCCUGAAGCACAAAAGGCAUUGAGGCGGCAGAGGGAAGUUCAGAAACUUUUGCUCGGCGAAGUCAUCAGAAAGCAGAAAGAGCUUAUUCUGCGCGACGUGAAGGUGUCCGGAGACAGCGCGGGAACAGACGCGCAGCAGGAGAAAGCUGUGGAAGAUUCACAGGUGGCGAAGGAGCGGCGAGACGAGCUCGAGAGACUUGAGCGUGCGAUGGAAGAGAAAGAGCGCCAAGAGAAGAUCGAAGCUCUUAAGGCCUUGCAUGUGAAUAGUGUGAAUCCCGUUCGGGAUUUCCAGAGACUUCUGGAGGUGAAGGAAACAGAUUUGACGGAAAAGGCAAUUCAGGAAAUGACUGAUAUGAUCUGGAGAUUUUUACGGGCGGCUGGGGGACCGCCGGGAGUCACGUUGGCAACGCCGCCAGAAUCCGCGAGUGGACUAGACACGGAAGGACUGCACAACUUCAGGAGACAGCAGCAUCUUGGAAAGGCGCUUGUUUGUGUCGAGGCACUCAGGGAGGGAUGCCGGAAGGAACUCGAAGGGGCGAAGUUCAAUGAAUUCCUCGGAGAGCUGAAGGCUGAACUGUCGCGUGAGCAUGAACCGACAGAUGACGGCUUUCGCACCUUUUGGAACUUGUUGAAGUCAAGGCAAGUCGGCCUCAUUACACAUGCCGAGGAUCCUCGCGUGGAGCUGGAUCCCAGCAGAAGCCUGAGUAUCUACGACGAACAACUCGAGGCGCGUGUAACUAAAACGUCGCCUGCGGUGGAGAAACCAGUAGAUCCGGUUGAUGUUGAUGAUGUGCUCGAUCUUGUGGAAUAA